AUGAUCCACCACAAAACAAGGCUCAUUCCGUCGGACGCGGAGGUCGGGCUGUCGGCGCGCGUGUUUGCGGCGGAACAGCCGACGUUCUCCCGACUGUUUGUGAACCGAGCGGAGGAGGGAGACGAAGGUGUGUACGCCUGCCGGACAGACACAGAGGAGGUCACGCUGCAGCUCAUCUUACAACUGCCCCUGCGGAUAGAGAGUGCGCCGUCCCCGCAGCAGGCCAGAGUGGGGAGUGACUACAAGAUCGUCUGUCAGGUGACCAGCCCGACCACGCCUACAUACACCUGGUACUACCGGGGGGACGUCAUAGAUAUCGACGUGACGUCACGUUACGCCCUGGCCGCUGACGGACUGAUGAUCACCGACGUCAUGACGUCAGACGCAGGCCCGUACACGUGUGAGGCCCUGAAUCCUGACUCAGGAGAUAGCGACUUUAAGGACAUCGUCUUCAACGUCAUAGAAGAUGACACCCCAUCACAAGCGUCGGACAACUCCCUAUCAAGUUCACUACCAAGUGUAACAUCGACUCUUUUUAGUGACAGUAGAACAGUGUCUGUACCCAACACCAACACCACCACCAGCACAGGAACUGGCGGGGAAAGUUCAGGAGAGACCGGCGGUGGAGGCAGCACCAGUGCGGCGGUAGGCGGUGCUCUAGCGGGGCUGGUCAUCCUGAUGGCCGUCAUCGUGUCGCUGUACAUCGUCUACAGGAACACGCUCAAGCGGAACACGUCGGCAAAACGCACUGCCCCUGCGCGAAACCCGUAAUGUACUGUGCAUAGCACGUCGGAAGAACGUAAGGCUACAGCAAAUAUAUUU